AUGUCGGCCCGCAUCCCAGACGAACCAGUUCCUGGCAAGCCAUCGCAGUCCCAUGAGUCCAGCCGUUCUCCCAGUCUGGCCAUUCUGGAACGAGAUGACUCGGAAAUUGAGUUUAUAACCGGAGGAAGGGGCUUUAAUCGCAAGAUGAACAAGGUUAAUUCGGUGAUUUUGGCCGAAAGUGGCCAGAAAGUGUACCGAUCUAAUUCGUUUUUCAAUACCGAGUUCGAAAGCUUCAACGACGAGUCCUUCCACGAAUCUGAGUACCUGGAUAGCAUGGUGAGCUUGCCAUUGCUUCUGCAGCCGCGACAGCCCCGUUCUAUUGUACAUCGACUCAAAAGAAGGGCCACCAAGUGGAUGAAAUUCACCCGGACUGAAAUGUUCCAGAGCGUCUUCAAAUGCUCGCUAGCAUACUUGAUAGCGUCGCUAGGUGUCUACUGGACGCCAUUUAAUCUGCUCUUGGGAAAAACAGACUCGAAACAUGUGGCUGCUACCACAGCUGUGUAUUUCCAUCCGGCCAGAACCAAAGGGUCCAUGCACCAGCUGUGCUUCUUUGUUCUCAUUUCACUCUCGUUUAGUUUUGCUGUAUCGUUGGGAUGCCGGUCCAUUUCGACGUUUUUCUUUACCAAUGGCCAGGGGAAUGUUAGCUUCUCAAUUGACUUGGCCGUGAGUUCCAUUGGUCUCGGGUUCAUUGCUUUCAUGAAACAGAAGGUGGGAAAGGAUACUUUCAACACUGCCUGCUCCUUGGCAUCAAUAUCCUUGGUCACAUGUAUAGUCAAGGAGGGUGCUCUCAACUCCGAUGUGAUACCCAUGGUGAGGCUUCUAUCUACCGCAAGAGUUGUCCUAGUAGGUGCAGCUAUAUCAGUAGCAAUCUGUUACGUAGUGUGGCCAAAGAGUGCUGUGACUCUGCUUCGAAGUUCUCUUAAUGACUCAUUCAACAUCAUGUCUUCCCUUAUAUCCGUCACGACGCAUCGGUUUUUGCAUGGAGACAGAAUCAACCCAAAGGAUGCUGAGAUCUUCAGUUUGCUCAGGAAGAAGGCUCUUGAACUCAGGAAAUACCUCGAGGAAGCAAAGUUCGAGUUGAAGCUUCUUGGAAGAGAAGCAGAAUAUAACACAUACUGCGAGAUUGUGGAGGCUACGGUGUCACUCAUCGAACAUUCACAAGCACUCAAGGCUUCUUGUGAAAUGCAGUGGCUCCUACUCAAUGAAAAUGAACAUGGCGCUAGUGGGGAGCAUUCUGGGGGACAAGGAACCAGUGCUCACAAUGAGAUGGAGUCGGUGAGAAGCCUCUCAUCAUACAAUUCUGAUACCAUCCGCUUAUCUCAGUCUGUGGAGAACCUCGGGGCAGUGUUUCCACAGAACACUAGUUUCCAGAAAAGUGACAUGGAUUAUAAUGCCAUCUAUCCAACCCAACUAUUUGACUUAUUUGUAUACUACUUGUCGCCUCUGAUUAAGUCAUUUGUGUUUACUGUCAAAGAAAUUUUGGGUGCUGUUCCCUUCGAAAAGAAGUUUGUCGAAGACACUAACCAGAGUUUUUUUGUCAAGUCCACCAAUUACCAGAUUUCUCUCCAGAAGGCCAUACAACUCUUUGAAGAUAAGCAGGUCAAGUCUUUCGAUAAGUUGUAUUCGCAGGACAUUUUCAAACCCAAUAAUGCUAUGUUCAAAACAGACCAGGAGGAAGUGACAGCAUGUUGUGGAAAUUUUUCAUCCUUACUUGCCUUGUAUGGAAAAGAACUCAUUCACUUUUUGCAACUUACCGAGCAUUUUGAAGUUGUUUCCAAGACAAGCCCGAGAACAUGGAGCUGGCUUUGGUGGUGGAAGAAGGAGCCAAAGGAGAGAAGAAAGAGUCGUCUCGAUGCAACAUUUGUUGAGGCAUUGAGGGAAUUGAAGUCUCAAUUGAAGCCAAUAAGAUCUAAUGUGGUAACAGAGGCUACGUCACUACUUCCUACCAAGCAAACAUUGGAUGAAUACAGGCAGAAGCUUUGGCAGUCAUUAAGUUUCUUCCGUCGGACAGAUAUCCAGUUUGGCAUUCGUGUUGGAAUAGGCGCAGCGUGUAUCUCAGUGUUUGCCUUUCUCGACAGAACAAAGGCUUUUUUCGUCAAUUGGAGACUUGAAUGGGCCCUUGCAAUUUAUUGUAUCAUGAUGAGUAAGUCCGUGGGAGGAACAACUAUGACUGUCAAGUGGAGAAUUGUUGGAACAUUUUUAGGAGCAUUUCUGGCAUCCAUCGCUUGGGUUUUGUUUGAUGGAAAUGGCGUCGGACUAGCGAUAAUAGGGUAUUUGAUUUCUAUCCCAUGUUUCUAUAUUAUCGUGUAUUGGAAGCGUUUUAACGCUUAUGGCCGGUUUAUUCUCUUAGCAUACAAUUUGACGGCACUUUACUCGUAUUCGAUGGUACAGAAUGAUUCUGAGGAUGGAAAUGAAGGAGGCGAUCUGCCGGUUGUUUGGGAGAUUGCAUUUCACAGGUUUAUCUCGGUGUCAAUUGGUAUUUUGUGGGCUUUGACAGUAGCGACACUAUUCAUACCAAAUAGCGCAAGAGCACGGCUCAAAUCAGGAUUGACUGUCUUAUGGCUUCGAAUGGGAGUUAUUUGGAAUAGUGACCCCAUGGACUAUACGAAAUAUGCCAAUGAUGCCAGGCUCAUUGGUUUGAAAGACUAUAAAGGAACGAGAGACUUGCUUUUGGAAUGCCAGACUUUGCUAAAGCAGGCACCGGUGGAGUUUCGUCUCAAAGGGCCAUUUCCUAAAGAAACCUAUGAGAAGCUUCUAGCCAGUACUUCGGAAAUUCUAGACGCAUUUCUGAAUCUCCAAUUGAUGAUAGAGGUCGACAACCAGAUUGUUCCAAAGGAAGAGUAUGUGCUUGAGUACAUAGCUACAGAAAGAGAGGAAUUGGAACACCGGAUUUUCUUGAUUUUUUAUAUGGUCGCAAGUGCAUUGGCGCUAGGGUUCCCGCUUCCUUCCAAACCAGCCUCAACAGAACAUGCUAAGGAUCGGAUGCUCUUGAAGCUCAGUGAGAUCCGGUCAAAACCGGCUGACCAAAUACAGCUCAACAACGAGGACUACGUGCUUCUAUACUCGUACAUUUUGGUCACGACCAAGAUUUCCCAUGAGUUGGAUACGAUCAUUUUGUUGAUUAAAGAUUUACUUGGAGAUAUCUCGGAGGAAAUAUUUCUGUUAGUUUAA